UUAAUUUUUAUGUUUUUCUCAUUAUCAGAAACAAGAAAUAUGGUUGCAGCGAGAUCAAUUCAUCACUUCAAAUCAAAAGAUGGAGAUAUAAUGGUGAGAAAUAUAAGCUUCAAGAAAAGAGAAUCAAACAAUGUUGAUGAAUCUGGAGACCUUGAUGAUGAUCUACUUAUCCAAGAAUCUAUGCACUUCAACAAAAAGAAAAAGUUUUCUUCCAAGAAUCUUAAUCUUGUAAUAAAAGGCAAGAAAUGUGAUUCGAUCAACAAAGUGGAUUAUUCUCCAAGACCAGAUAGUGAGAUUGAUGGAGCUGCAACGAAGUUACAGAAAGCUUACAAGAGUUAUCGGACUCGCAGAAACCUUGCAGACUGUGCUGUUGUUGUGGAAGAGCUAUGGUGGAAGGCAUUGGAUUUUGCAAGCUUGCGGCGGAGUUCUAUAUCGUUCUUUGAGUCUGAUAGAUCAGAAACUGCUGUUUCACGAUGGGCAAGAGCUAGCAAUAAGGCAGCUAAGGUUGGGAAGGGCUUGUCCAAGGAUGAGAAGGCUCAGAAGUUAGCAUUAAGACAUUGGCUUGAAGCUAUUGAUCCGAGACAUCGAUAUGGCCACAAUCUGCACUUUUACUAUAAUGUGUGGUUUGCUAGUGAAAGCUCACAACCAUUCUUCUACUGGUUGGACGUGGGAGAAGGGAAAGAAGUAAACUUGGAGUCAUGUCCGAGGGCUCAACUACAACGUCAAUGCAUCAAAUAUCUUUGUCCGAAAGAGAGAAAAGCAUACGAAGUGAUAGUAAAGGAUGGGAAGCUAGUUUACAGACAAGGUGAAAGAGCAGUGGAAACAGAGGAAGGGACAAAGUGGAUAUUUGUAUUGAGUGCGUCAAGGACUAUGUAUGUUGGUAAGAAGGAGAAAGGUCUUUUUCAGCAUUCUAGUUUUUUAGCUGGUGGUGCUGCCAUUGCAGCUGGGAGAUUAGUAGCUCAUGAUGGAGUUCUUGAGGCUAUUUGGUCCUACAGUGGCCACUAUCGGCCAACAGAAGAGAAUUUCUCAGAGUUCAUUACCUUCUUGCAGGAACAAAAUAUUGACCUCACAAAUGUUCAGAAAUGUCCCGUGGAUGAUGACAUCCCACCUUUUAAGAGUACAGAUGAAGAAGCCGAUUUCAAUUGCAUGAGAGAGACCCAAAAGAUUGCUUCAACCAUUAAUGAUAUUGAAGAUGUGGGUAAAAUAAAAGAAGAAAAUAAGGAAGCAAGUAGAGUUUUUAAGGUGCACAAGUCCUUAUCAUGUAAAUGGAGCACUGGAGCAGGGCCUAGAAUUGGUUGUGUUAGGGAAUACCCUACAGAGCUACAAUUACAGGCUCUUGAACAUGUUAAUUUAUCACCAAGGGUUUUGCUCAUGCCAGGGUCCUUUGCUAGUUCUGGCCCAAUCCCUUCGCCAAGACCUAGCCCAAAAAUCCACCUUUCCCCUGGACUUACAUGUAUGGGCCUUCCAAGCCCAAGACUACACAUUCCUAACACUACAAACUAGAUAUUCAUUAUAAAAUAAUAAGGUAAAAUUAAAAAAAAAAAAAAAACGCAAGAAUUUUUGA